GUUGGGGCGGAGACUCAAACCUCCCAAAUCAUCGUUAUCAUCAGAGAACAAAACAAAAACAAAAACAGUUUCUUUUUCCUCCGAACCAAACCAACUCCGAGCCACCCCCCAAAUCAUUCGGCCUUCCCUUCCGGUUGAUUGAUCGACGAGCCACUACCCCACCACCCCAACGCAGCGGCGGCGAUUCCUUCUCCGCGUCGCCGAGCUCGUCCACCCACCCGUCCGUCCAUUGCCGGGGAGUCGUCGCGGUUUCUGGAUCUCGGAUGGCGUCGGCGAAGUCGUCGCGGUCGCGGCCGGCUGGCCACUCGGGGGUGUUCCCAGUGGGCAGCGCCGCGGCGGUGGGGAGCGGAGGCGGGGGCGGAGGGGGAGGAGGAGGAGGAGAUGGCGGGGUGCAGCUCGCCGACAAGCUCAAGAUCUUCAAGACCGACAACUUCGAUCCCGACGCCUACGUGCAGUCCAAGUGCCAGACCAUGAACGAGAAGGAAAUAAGACAUUUGUGUUCUUAUCUGCAAGACCUAAAGAAGGCUUCAGCUGAAGAGAUGCGCAGAAGUGUUUAUGCAAAUUAUGCUGCAUUUAUCAGAACAUCAAAGGAGAUAUCAGAUCUUGAAGGGGAGCUGCUGUCAAUUAGAAAUUUGCUGAAUACACAGGCAGCUUUAAUCCACGGUCUAGCUGAAGGAGUUCAGAUAGAUUCAUUGACUUCAGGCCUUGAAGGUUCCGCCGAAGAUGACAUAUCCAAUGUUGAAGACCAGGAAACUUCAGAAAUACAGAAAUGGUCUGCAGAUUUCCCUGACAUGCUUGACGUUUUGCUAGCGGAGCGAAGAGUGGAUGAAGCGCUGGAUGCACUGGAUGAAGCAGAACAAGUUGCUGCUGACGCAAAACGAAAACAGACUCUAACUACAGCUGAAGUUUCGGCUUUAAAAAGAUCUAUCUCUGAUAAUCGUCAAAGGCUGGCAGAUCAGCUUGCUGAAGCUGCUUGUCAGUCUUCCACUCGUGGUAUCGAACUUCGUGCUGCGGCUUCUGCCCUCAAAAGGCUCGGUGAUGGCCCCCGAGCUCACAGCCUCUUACUCAGUGCACAUAACCAAAGGCUUCAAUGCAACAUGCAAACUAUACAUCCAUCUAGCACUUCAUAUGGUGGGGCAUACACUGCAGCACUUGCUCAACAAGUUUUUUCAGUCAUAGCUCAGGCACUCAGUGACUCUGUAGAUGUCUUUGGUGAUGAAUCAUGCUACUCAUCUGAAUUGGUUACAUGGGCUACCAAGCAGGUUAUGUCCUUUGCGCUCCUGGUAAAGAGGCAUGUGUUGUCCUCUUGUGCAGCUGCUGGAGGUUUGAGAGCAGCUGCAGAAUGUGUUCAGAUAUCUCUUGGCCAUUGUUCCUUACUGGAAGCUCGCGGUCUAUCCGUUUCAUCUGUUCUCCUGAAACAAUUCAAACCCAGUCUUGAGCAAGCGUUAGAUGCUAACUUGAGGAGAAUUGAAGAGAGUACUGCUGCGCUAGCUGCAGUUGAUGACUGGAUACUCACUUACCCCCCAACUGGUAUCCGUCCAUUAACUAGAUCGUCUGCUGCUAAUUUGGCACUUCAGCCAAAGCUCUCUAGCAGUGCACACCGUUUCAGUUCAAUGGUUCAGGAUUUCUUUGAGGAUGUUGCGCCACUACUUAGCUUGCAACUAGGUGGUUCUACGAUGGAUAGGAUCACACAAAUUUUCAAUUCAUAUGUCAAUUUACUUAUAAGUGCUUUACCUGGUUCAAUGGAUGAUGAAGCUAACUUAGAUGGUUUAGGAAAUAAGAUUGUUAGAAUGGCAGAGACUGAAGAACAGCAGCUAGCUUUAUUAGCUAAUGCAUCUUUGCUAGCUGAGGAGUUGCUACCUAGAGCAGCUAUGAAGUUAUCAUCAAUAAACCAGUCUAACAUGGAUGAUUUGCGUAAAAGAGGGGCAGAUAAACAGAACCGUGUGCCUGAGCAACGUGAAUGGAAAAGAAAACUCCAACGAAUAGUGGACAGAUUGAGAGAUAAUUUUUGCAGGCAGCAUGCACUUGAACUUAUAUUUACAGAUGAAGGUGAUACCCAUCUCAGCGCAGAAAUGUAUAUUAGUAUGGAUAAUACUGUUGAAGAACCAGAAUGGGUUCCAUCUCCAAUUUUUCAGGAACUGUAUGCAAAGCUAAACAGAAUGGCAGGCAUUGCUGGAGAAAUGUUUGUUGGUAGAGAAAGAUUUGCUACUUUGCUAAUGAUGCGCCUCACUGAGACAGUCAUUCUGUGGCUCUCAGGGGACCAGGCCUUCUGGGAAGAGAUUGAGCAGGGACCAAAGCCUUUGGGUCCCCUUGGCCUUCAGCAGUUUUACCUGGAUAUGCAAUUCGUCAUCAUUUUUGGGCAAGGUCGUUUUUUGUCUAGACAUGUUCAUCAAGUCAUUUUGGAUAUCAUUGAUAGAGCAAUGGCUGCAUUUUCUGCUACUGGAAUGAACCCUGAUAGUGUCCUUCCGGGUGACGAUUGGUUCAUGGAUGUUGCUCAAGACGUUGUCAGCAUGAUCAGUGGAAGGGGUAGAGUUGCCAAUGGGGACAGGGAGAUAAACAGCCCGACUGCCUCAGUUUCAGCGCACUCCAUGUCAUCGUUCAGAUCCCAUGGCAGCUCCUAGUUUGCAAGCUUGGUCUUUUUUGUAGGCAUAUCAUUGUAUAAUAAUCAAUAGUAUAUUCUUUCGCCUUAUUCCUCCUAUUUCCUCUAUUCUUUUCUGUUGCUCUUUUUUUUUCUAUAUCUGUUGUGCUAGUAUUAGUAUAGAUGGAUGUUGGCCUAGGAAAAAGAAAUGUUUAGUCACUGUUUCCGGGAGCUGAGGUUUGCAUGGCCAUAUGGCAUGAGCUCUAUGCAAUCUGUACCAUUCUUUUAUCAAUUUUUACUUGUCGGUUGGCACAUCACAUUUCAUGAGUACAAGAAUGGAGUUUUGAGUAAGUUCA